AUGUCAAAACGCAAAUCAGCUCAGCUCACUAAUGAUCAUUCUGAUACGGAUGAAGAGAAAUCCGAGAAUGAAUAUGAAGAAGAUUGUUUUAUACCAAACUCGCAAGAUCCCAGUUCCGAUGAAAAUGAUUCUGCAGAUAAUGAGAGCUCAGAUGACGAUCGAUAUUACAAAAAAUCUAUUUGCCAAAAAUCAUUCGUCGAACUUUUUGAAUUAUUCUUCACCGAUGAACUCAAAAAUCAUAUCAUAAAAGCUACAUCUGAAAAUGGUUUAGAAAUAUCAAUGGAAAAAUUUAAUACUUUUAUUGGAAUUUUAUUAUUGACAUCAUAUAAUAUUCGAACAUCAACAUAUGAAUACUGGUCUAGUAAUCCAUUAUUGAAAUGUGAUGUUAUUGCUUCAGCUAUGAGCCGUAAACAGUUUCUUGAUAUAAAAUCUAAAAUAAAAUAUUCUAAAACAUGUAAUCAAACUAGUGUUGAUAAAGCUUGGAAGGUUCGUGAUCUUAUCAACAUAUUUAGAAAAAAUAUCCAGCAGUUUGGUUUUUUUUCAACGGCACUUGUUGUGGAUGAGAUGAUGGUGCGAUUUUUUGGUCGAACUAGUUUGAAGCAGUACUUACCUUCAAAACCGGAUAGAUAUGGUUUAAAAUUUUGGGGACUAUGUGAUGUUAAUGGAUAUAUAUUUGAUUUAGACAUUUACUGUGGUAAGAGAGGUGAUGAAAAAAAUGAAAAAUUGGCUUCAUGUGCUCUUGGUUCUACUGUUGUUUUACAAAUGGUAAACAAGUUGUUGAUGGAUGUUUCAAAAAGAAAAUUGUGUCAAUAUCAUUUGUACAUGGAUAAUUUUUUUACAAGUCCUGAUCUGCUCGUACAUUUGAUGAAAAAUGGUCUAAAGGCAACUGGUACUGUACGACGAAACAGAAUAGAAAUAAAGCAUGAAUUUGACAAGAAAGCUGUAAAAGCGGCUUCUGUCAGUCCUAUCAAACCCCUCAAACGGUAUUCAUCCGAUGUUCGUAAUAAAGCAGAAAUUCGGUUUCCUUCAGCUUUUGUUGCUUACAAUAAAUUUAUGGGUGGUGUGGAUACCCAUGAUUUUAGAUGCAAAAAAACUGUACCAAAAAUAAAUUCAAAAAAGUGGACAUGCAGUGUUUUAAUGUUCAAGCUGACCGACCCUGGUGCCCAGGGUGGACAGUAUCAACAUCAUCUCCAAGAAUUAUCUUGA